AUGCGACCUGUGGGCUUACUCUGCAGCAGAAAUCGACAUCAUAUAGAAGAUACUGAUGAGAAUGCACAGGAACGUGCCAAGGUUGCUGAGCAGCAGAAGAAGAACACUAAUCCCUCUUGCAACGAUGAUUGCCGAAAGGGAGCUGAGGAGCUUUCAAGCUUCAUAGUCUUUCAGGAGAAUAUGGAGGAGUUUGUGGAGGAGAGGGAGAAGCUCGUCAAAGAGCAAGAGAAGAAGAUGGCAUAUAUGAAUAGAGGCAUCACGAUUCGCGAGGAGAUGCUUCAUCUGGAGAGAGACUUUGACACACAACGUCCUGGUUUUUAUAAAGCGUAUGUGCUGUCCAAUUUUCAGCUUUGGUUCCUUCUUUGGACCUUCGCAGAUCUUAUUGCUUCAGGAGUAUCAGAAGAUAGCAAAUCAUUGUUAGAAGAUGAGCGUCUGGCUUCUAAAAUGCUUAACUUGAUCCCAACUAUAAGGUCAGCAAUGGAACUGAGCACCACAGGUUAUGACAAGGAGAAAUUGCAAGAAAGGUUGGCGAAGCUCUCUGGAGUUGUUGCAGUUUUGAAGAUUGGAGGAGCAAGUGACGCUGAAGUUGGUGAUAAGAAAGACAGGGUGACAUAUGCUUUGAAUGCCACGAAAGCAGCUGUUGAAGAGGGUUUAGGAAGAUGA